AUGCCCCUACCAAAGCUUGUUAGAGCGGUUGUUGGUGCAAGACCAUGCGCUUGCCCGAAUAGUGGAUUUUUGGAACAGCUAAUAGAAUAUGGUAAAUCUGGUGCUGCAGCAAAAGUCCAACGUGAACUUAUCGCUUGUUUUGGUGAAUGGCCGAAACAUAAACUGGAUGCUGAUAUUGCUGUACUAACAGAACUUUUACUUAAACCAGAACAUGCUACUUGUAUUGGCGCAAGUGGUGGUUUCACCUUACCGGAUGAUAUUGCAGAAUCUAACGAUAAUAACAACCAACUAACGUCUCACAUUGAUUCUUCAGAUCAACGAAAUACACAGAAAAUUAAUAAGCCAAUGAGUUUUACAAUUUAUCCUGAUAAACCACUACAUAUGCGGAAAAUACUUGCUGACAGUGAGGAUAGUAAUCCAGCGUCGUCAUCAUCAUCAGUGUAA